UUAUGCCAUCAUGAAAAAUAUAAAACUAAAAAUAAAAAUAAAAAUUACAAAAUAAUAAUAAUAAUAAUAAUAGUAAAUGAUAUUUAAGUAAAUAACGAAAAGAGAAUUCCAAAUAAAACCCUCUUCAAACCGACCCCACGACCUAUAACCAAGCUGAAACUGCUGUUUCUGCUUGUUCUUCUUCGUCUUCAAACCAGAAUAGAGGUAAACAAAUACUUCAACUAUUUUCUCUAUGAUUUCCAUUAUUUUCUUAUAGUUUCCAGUUUUAAAGCCAUUGAAAGGCAAGCACUAAUUCAGUUACGACUUAAUACCAAAAAAAAAAAAAAAGAAAUGAUAGCAAAAACACUUCUUAGUCCUCAAACCUACUUUCACUUUCCCUCUCAGAUUUUCCAUAGUUAUUCCAAGCUAUUCUCUUCAAGUUCACCCUUAACUUCUUGCUUGGAUUUAGAAACCCGAUUACGUUCUCUAUUUGAAAAACCCAAUCCCCAAUAUUCCGAGGCGGUUUCUCUCUUCCACCAUGCCGCCGAUUCUAGCCUCUUUCCUUCUCCUUCGUACUGCAACUUCCUUAUAUGUGAACUCACAAAGUCCAAAAACUAUGAAUUGGCCUUUUCUAUUUAUAAGAAGAUGACCCAUGUUCAUAUUUUUCCAAAUUUUGUAUCUUUGAGUUGUGUAAUUGCAUAUUUUGUUAAUGAAAAUAAACCCCAACUCGCUCUUGGGGUCGUAGGUUCGGUUUUGAAGCGUGGUUUUAGGGUUAAUGCAUUUGUUAUGAAUCUUAUAUUGAAGAGUUUGUGUCAAAAUAAUGAAGUUGAAGAAGCAAUGGAGUUGUAUAGUAUAAUGGGAAGACUUUGUUUAUCACCGGAUAUGAUAACUUACAACAUGCUUGUAAAUAGGCUUUGCAAAGCAAAGAAAUUUGAAAAAGCGGUAACCUUGUUGGUUGAUAUGGAGAUUAAUGGUUGUCACCCAAAUUUGGUUACAUACUCCACUUUGAUGGAUGGUUUUUGUAAGGAUGGUCGAAUGGAUGAGGCAUUAGGUUUGUUGGACGAGAUGAAGAAAGUGGGUUUGGAAGUGGAUGUCGUUGUGUAUGGUAUUCUUAUCAGUGGUUUUUGCAACAAGGGAAAUUUCGAUAGGGCAAAAAGAAUUUUCGAUGAUAUGUCGGAGAAGGGGAUAUCUCCUAAUGUGGUAACAUAUAGCUGUUUGAUUCAUCAUCUUUGUAAAAUGGGGCAAUGGACAGAAGCAAAAGCGAUGUUGAAUGAGAUGACACAACAUGGAAUUCGGCCUGAUAUUGCAACUUAUACAGGCUUACUUGAUGGGCUCUGCAAGUGUGGAAGUACUACAAAGGCUAUGGAGGUCUUCAAUUUGAUGAUACAGAAGGGUGAAAAGACUAAUACUGUGACAUACAAUGUUAUAAUUAAUGGACUCUGCAAGGAAGGGUUGGUUGAUGAUGCUUUUAAGAUUUUGGAAAUGAUGAUGGAUAAGGGGUUGACGCCUGAUGUGGUUACUUACAACACAUUGCUGAGGGGACUCUGUUGCAAUGGUAAGGUUGAUGAGGCAGUAGAACUUUUCACUGCCAUUUCAAAGGAUGGGGGUUCUGUUGAUCCAGAUGUUAUGACGUUUAACAUGCUAAUUCUAGGACUUCACAAGGAAGGCCGUCUUGAUGAGGCUAUGGAGAUUUAUCAUGCGAUGGUCAAAAAGGGGAUUGUAGGUAACCUAGUAACUUGUAAUACUUUAAUUGAUGGAUAUCUACAAGCAGGAAAAAUAGACAAGGCUUUGGAACUAUGGAAACAUAUAUUGAAGUUUGAGUUAGUUCCAAAUGCAAUGACCUAUGGCAUUAUGAUUAAUGGAUUUUGCAAAAUGCAUAUUCUUAACAUUGCCAAAGGAAUAUUUAUUAAAAUGAUCGCUUCUGGGCUUGAUCCUACUGUGGCUGACUUCAAUAUAUUGAUGGCAUCCUUGUGUAGGGAAGGUAGUUUGGACCAAGCUAGGAGGGUGUUUCAAGAAGUAAGGAACUCAAAUCAUUCACUAGAUGUUGCCUCAUUUAAUGUAAUAAUCGAUGCAACUCUCAAAGCUGGAGAUGUUGAGUCUGCCAGAGAAUUGCUAAUGGACAUGCUCAAGAUGGGUCUAUCUCCAGAUGUCUUGACAUAUUCCAUACUAAUAAACAGGUUUUCAAAACUUGGGCAGUUGGAUGAAGCUAAAGCAUUUCUUGAGAGAAUGAUUGAUCGUGGUUUCAGACCGGAUGCCGUUGUAUAUGAUUCUUUACUCAAAGGUUAUAAUUCAAAAGGUGAAGCAAAAGAAGUUGUUAAUCUGCUUCAAGAAAUUGCAGAUAAGGAUGUUGUUCUUGACUCAGAAAUAACUAAUACCAUCUUGGCAUGCCUCUGUGAUUUAUCCGAAGAUCUUGAUGUGAUGAAGAUUCUCCCAACUUUUACCCAAAAAACAUCAAGAGGAACAAGCACUUCGUUCAAUGAGUUAUUGAUGAAACUCAAUGAGUUGCACCCAGAUCUUAGAUUAGUGUCUGCAUAAUUCUUCUUUGCUUUCAAGAAAAGCUUCCCAGUUUUGCAGCAUUCUUUGUUCAGUCUUGUAUCUUCCUAUGUAUGUUCCAGGGGUAAUUUUUGUAUAGUACCUGAUUUUUGGCUAUCUUACGUAACAACCAAUUGUAAUACUUUAUUUUUCUCAAAGAAUCGAGAUUUAAGAAGUAGGCGUUUUGGACUUC